GUCGCAGCCGCGGGGAUUGUGGGAAAUGUAGUUCGGCCACGCCGCCCUCCGCGCCUCCGGUAAUGGCUGCUUCCUGGAAGGCGCUGUCACGUGAAACCUCUUAGCCACCGCAUUCAGAACGCCAGGAAGAGGGUGUUUCAAGUCCCGUAGAGUGACACAGAUAUCUAUUCUUUGAAACCUUCAGCUCUCAAGAUCCAGCCAUCUCAAGGUCCCAACAUCAUGACCUCGGUUUCAGCACAGCUGUUCAUGGUCCUCCUUUCACUGCUCUUGGUGCUGCCUGCUGUUGAAGCAGUAGAAGCUGGAGACGCAAUCGCUCUUUUCUUAGGUGUGGUUCUCUGCAUUACAGGCAUCUGUGCUUGUUUGGGGGUAUAUGCACGAAAGAGAAAUGGAGAGGUGUGACUUGAAGGGCCUCCUGAAUCAAGCCUUGCCCUGAAAACAUUUGAGCUAUUCCCAUUAAAAACUGAGCUUUGGUGUCUGAAAGUUCCAAAGAAAUAGUACAUAGGGUAAUUUUGCCCUGAAAACAUUUGAGCUAUUCGGGUUAAAAACUGAGCUUUGGUGUCUGAAAGUUCCCAAGAAACAGUACAUAGGGUAAUUUUACAUUCUUAAGUUUCCCUAUAAAUGGGAAUAAAUUGAUAUAUGUUAAAUGGAAAAAAAUUCUUUUUCACAACAACUAAUGCAAUGAAAAAUGCAGUCUAUAAUUUAUUUGCUAGUUAGAAAGAGUGUCAAAGAAGUAAGAUGGCUGAAAUUGGCAUAAGUAAUAUUUAAUAAUCUCAAAAAUUCUCAAAGCACAUGAAAUUGGAAGAAGGAAACUCUUGCCUAGAAUCCUAGGAAGUAGCCACUAUUCGGUUGUAAUUACUGCCUCCUGCAUUGUUGAGGAGUCUUUUCUCUAUGUUUUUUUAUAUUUUUGUUUUGUUAUCUCCCAAGUUAAUAUUGUACUUAGAUAUUAGAUAUUAAAUAUAGUCAGUCAAAACUUAAAACUUUUAUUUCUUUGGGGGGAAAGUAGUUAAAACUGUAUGAGUGUAUCUGAUAUUGAAAUGGAUAAAAGAUUUAAUGUAAAAAAAUACUUUGUAUUGACAUUAAAAUAGGGAAGAGAUUGAAUGUAAAAAAAUAAAGCCUUUAUAUUAAAUGGCUACCAAACUCUUGGUGAGAAA